AUGAAGACGUUUAUUGUGCUUUCGAUUGCGGUGGCACUGGUGGCCGGAGCAGCCAUUGAGUCGGGCGAGAAAAACAUCGAGAAGCGUGGUCUGAGUGAGAUCGAAAGUCGGUCGGAUCACCACCAUGUGAAGCAUGUUACCAUUACCAAGAAGGUCCCGGUACCGUACCCGGUCGAGGUGGAGAAACAUGUGCCGGUACCGGUGAAGAUCCCGUACCCAGUGCACGUAGAGAAGAAGGUCCCGGUCAUCAUUGAGAAGAAGGUGCCAGUAUACGUCGAGAAGAAGGUGCCAGUGCACGUUGAUCGUCCCGUGCCGGUGGAAGUGAAGGUACCGUAUGAGGUGCCAGUCAUCCACAAGGAGUACGUCGAGGUGCCAAAGCCAUACCCGGUGCAUGUCGAGAAACCGUACCCGGUGUACGUGAAGAAGCCAGUCUACAUCGAAAAGGCAGUCCCGGUCAGUGUGCACAUCAAGAAGGUGAAGAAGCACCAUCACUGA